UGCUUUUUUUUCAGGAGUAGAUUUGCCGUUUUUAACUUGUCUUUGUUACGUUGGAAGACUUCUUUAAUGCAUAGAAGUUAAAAUUUGACCCAUCCAGAAGAACUAAUUAAAAACCAGAAAGUUAGGUGGAAAGUGUGCUCGUUUUGGCUUUUUAUUGAUAAAUCGUUGAUUCUUUUACGAAGGGAGCUGGGCCACGGGAAGUCCAUUGGUUGACGGGGCUUUCGUCUUCUCCGCGGUUUCCGGGUUUCAGGCCGACUGCUAGUUUGUAGCAACAGCUACUUCUGAUUUUCGUACUCAGCUUUCGGCUGACGCGAUUUCUUGAGAUCCUUUCGGCUUUUCCUGUUGAAGUUUGAAGUUAAAUUCCAGUCUUUGGAACAAACAUGUCAUCUGCCCAAAUGUUUUGCCGACUGCUAUAAAUGCGGUAUAGCUAUGAGAAGAUUCCUGAAAACCUGCGCUUAAUGGAUUGCUCCCCUAACUGCAACGACAAGAAAAGUCUGAAGAGGUGGUUCUUCAUUGAUAAAAUGGUCGGGUAGAUGUUAAAUUUGUCAAACAAAAGAACCAGAAGCGGCUACAGUUAUUUUUGAACUUUACAUCAAACUUGAGGGUUUCUAGGAUUUGAAACUGGUCAGGCUCCCAUGGAUCUAAAGCCCAACCAUAGUUCUCCUGUUGUAGCUGAUCAAGUCCCUGUGAAUAUGUCAAGACUAGGCAGAUCAGCUAAUUUAGCGCCAUACUCCACAACAUUUUCUUCUACUCUGCAUUUAACCAUUCCCAGAAGAAGAGCUUUCUGUACCAAACUCGAUGAUGUCCGAUCUACCGGCUGGCUGGAUGCCAUGAAAGCUUCAUCGCCUCCUAAUAAAAAGAUCAACAAAGAAAUCAACUUUGAUACCGCUCCUGAAGAUGCUGAUACACUGUAUCUCUCUUGGGUGAGUAUUUAUCCGUCAGCUUUAUCAUCGUUUGAGAAAAUCACAAACUAUGCCAAGGGGAAAAUAGUAGCCCUGUUCUUGGAUUAUGAUGGAACUCUUUCACCUAUUGUGGACAAUCCCGAACAUGCUUUUAUGUCCAGUGCGAUGCGUACUGCUGUCAAAGUUGCUGCAAGUUAUUUUCCAACAGCCAUUAUAAGUGGAAGAAGUCGUGAUAAGGUUCACGGAUUUGUUGGGCUGAAUGAACUCUAUUAUGCUGGUAGCCAUGGUAUGGACAUAAUUGGCCCAGUCAGAGAUUCUAAAUGUGUCUCGAACCAUCCAAACUGCAUUAGAUCCAUGGAUGAACGGGGUAAAGAAGUGAACUUGUUCCAACCUGCAAGUGAGUUUCUACCAAUGAUCGACGAGGUUUUUAGAUUGCUCAUUGAGAAUACUAAGGACAUUAUUGGCUCAAAAGUUGAAAACAACAAAUUUUGCGUCUCUGUACAUUACCGCCUGGUAGAUAUGAAGAGUUGGGAUCUGAUUGCCCAGAGAGUUUUUGAUAUACUCAAAAACUAUCCUCGGCUAAGACUAACUUAUGGGCGGAAGGUUUUAGAAAUCCGCCCUGUUAUAGACUGGAACAAAGGGAAAGCUGUUGAAUUCCUGCUCGAAUCCCUCGGCCUAAAUAAUCGUGAUGAUGUGCUUCCCAUAUAUGUUGGGGACGAUCGUACCGAUGAGGAUGCUUUCAAGGUCUUGAGAGAAGGGAGCAAAGGCUUUGGCAUUUUGGUUUCUUCUGUACCUAAAGAAUCUAACGCCUAUUAUUCACUGAGAGAACCGUCCGAGGUGAUGGAGUUCCUUGUUUCCCUUGUGAGGUGGAAGAGGGCUGAAAUGACUACACAUUGAUUCUUUUUAUUAAAUCUUUAAUCCUAUAUUAUUUAUAAGAGAAUGGUGAAUGUGUAUCGAGGCGUUCAUUUCUGCUACCGAUUUUCUUGUUGCGCAUGUCUGUUGAAGGGAAGAAAGGUCGUGCUUAUU